CAGUGACGUUCAAUGUUCACUCUUCUUAUCAUCUUUUUAAUCAUAAUAAAAGCAAUAUAGAAUAUAUUAUUACAUUAUUUACCUACUUAACGUGAAAAAGAAAAAGGACAUCGUUUUUUAUUUUUAACAAUUAGUUUAAUAGGAAUAAAAAACUAAAAAACAAGUGUCUAAUAUAGUACAUUUUAAGGUUACCGUAAUAUUAUUGUUAAACAGUACUUUUACUCUCUUUUAUAAUGGCUAUGAGAAAAAGGAGUGGUUCGGGAUCCAAAAGACAUCUUAAAGAGAAGGUAGUUCAGAUUUAUGAAUCUUUCUUCAGAGGCGAGGAUCUUACUAGCGAUAAUCCCACAUUUUGGGAUGAGUUUUUUCUGCUGAAACCGAAGAUUCCGCAAUUGGAAGCAGAAAUACAAAAAUUAAGUCCGGAGCAGUUGUUGAACAUGAAAGAUAAUAUUAAUUUACUAGUUAUUCAGUGCAUUGAAAUGUUAGGACAAGAGCACCAUAUCAGGUUAGUCUAUGCACUGCAGACUUUUAGUGCUUUACUCACUACUAUGUACCAAAGACUUGCACAGGAUUCAAAUAUAAAUAUUAAACUUAUACUUCUGGGUACAGAGAGCCCUAAUGCUAAAAUGCAAAAACUAUUGGAGCACUGUAAUGCUGUACUAUCAGGUGAUGUUCCAGACAGUUUAAAAUCAAUGGUUCUUAAAUUACUUCUCAUAAUAGCAACUGGUAUUGACAAUAUUGAUGAUAAUCCACUAGUGGAAUAUUUGAUGAUGAAUUCAUUGUUCGAACCACUGAUACACUUACUGUGUACUUCUACGGAACGCCAACAGCAUGGUUAUGAUGUUGUACUGCUACUAAUGUUCCUGGUUAAUUAUAAGAAACAAGAGUCUGCCAAUCCUUAUGUUGUUAAAUUAUCAAUUCUGGAUGAUGAAUUGGCUCUGAAUGGUUAUGGUCAAGUUAUAACAGCUGCAUUGAAUGAUUAUGUAAUGUCUACUUUUGGUGGUAUGCAGACAAACACUGGAGGUUGGCUCAGCUCCCUCACAAGUAUAGUGGGAGGAAUAUUCCUAACAAAUGAUGACACUCAGCCUGUUUUUCGGGGACAAAGAAAUAGUGGCGGAGAAGAAGGUAUGCUGCUAGCGUUAUACGAAGCAGCUCAUUUGAACCGCAAUUUUAUGACGACGCUGGCCCAUUCAUCAUCAGCUGCUGCAUCGUCGGCUCCACCCUCACCACCUGCCACAUUACCUCCGCACCAGAGUCCACCAAAUUUAGCCCAAAUUCAGGCACUGAUAGACAAUGAGCAACCAACAAAUUUAUUAGUUACUUUCUUCCAGUAUUGUUCAAUAGUAAUGGCGGACACUCGGACGGAGGCGAGCAUCAACAAAUGUAGCCUUUGCUUUAUCACACUUACAUGUAUUGUUGAAGAACAAUUCGCUAAUUCCAUAAUGCACGACCAAAAUCUUACUUUCAAAGUCCAGUUAUACAGACUGCCAAUGCGCCAUAGAAAAAUUGUACUUGAAGAACCCCCUUCGCAGCCAUUAGCGUCUACAUUAAUAGAUUUGCUUGUAGAAUUUAUGAUGUGUCACCUACUAAAGAAGUUCCCGGGUGAAUUGUACGAAGUGUGUAUAGGUGUUCUACAAAGGGUACUCAGCUAUCAGAAGCGAUGUAGAGUGCGGCUGGCUCGCGACUGGCGCCCACUGUGGGCGGCGCUUAUUGCGUUGUUGAAGUUCCUUGUUACUAACGAAACUACGCUGUUGAGGAGGCAUAAUAUAUUCUUAAUGGCGCAGCAGGUAGUGAAUAUUUUUAACCUGUUUAUCACAUUCGGAGAUACGUUCCUGCCCACCCCAGCGUCUUACGAUCAACUGUAUUACGAGCUCAUCAGGAUGCAUCAAGUUUUUGAUAACCUGUUCUUUAUGGCGCUAAGAUAUUCGACCGGAGACGGUGAAUAUAAAGCGGAGGCGUUACGUCUAGCAAACUGUAUGGUGAACGUUCGCGCUAUCAUACAACACUUCUCGGCUAAAAUUGAGACUUGGUUAACCUCGCAACAUUUGUCUACGCCUACUGAAGAUCAGAUAUUGGAGGUAGUCAGAAAAAAUUACGACAGUCUCAUAUUAAAACUGCAAGAAGGUUUGGAGUCAUACGAGCGAUACUCUGAGAAGUCGUAUCGGGCGCUACUAUCGAAGUUAGUUAAGGGCGCUACUGCGUGCGCGCGGCAACGCAGCGACGCGGCCGCGCUGGGACACCAUUCCGCGGCGCUAGUAUCGCAUUAUACAACAUUGGCUUAAAAUUACACUUUUGUACGAAGUUCAUUAUCGCGGGUUGCGAAAGUGAAAAAAAUUAAGACCAAAAGUUGGAACAAUACUUUUUGCUAUAGUUGUGCACGUUGCGCGUGCGCGUAAUUCUCUGUGUCACUCUGUCUUAUAGAAAGCAAGCCAGUAAUUUUCGUUUCGUCUUUCUAUUUCAGGUUCAUUUAGGUUUUAAAAAUAAUAAAAUUUUGUAACAAUUCCAUCUCUAAUUCAAUUAAUUAAUUUAAAAAUCGAAAGGAACUUCGCUCCAUCCGGGAGUCUUUUAACACCUCUCAAGUUUAUUUGUUUACCGGAUUUUAAUCUAAAUUGAACAUAUCCAAAAGCUGAGAAACCAAAAACUGACGUAUGCACUAGGCUGUUCAAGAAAAGGUUUUGAUGUGAAACUCCAUACUAGUAAUUCUAUUAAUGAUCAGUGUAUGAAAUUGCGCUUUUACUUUUACUGUAUUUUAUAAAAAAAUUAUCGAAUUAAUAAGUGGAAGAAAAAGUUACCAUCUAUCACGUUUCGGCAUAUUUUGUAACUACACAAAGAUUAUACACAUAUUGAAGGAUUUUCUCUUUCGAUAUGUGUAUAAUAUGCCACCUAAAUUUGCUUUUUUUGUAAGUACUACCAGUCGUGUUUUUGAAUUAUUAUAUGCGUAAUUUAUUUAUCAAUGGUUUUAUGUCUAGUUUUAAAUAUAGUGAUAUUUAUAUAAUUUUGUCUAAAAGUGUGUUUUUAAAUAGUGCAAGCUAGUGGAAUUCGAGAAAAUUAUAAUUAUUUACUUCAUUAUAGCAGACAAUGUAAAUAAACAAAGGCUCAUAAUGACUCCCAAAAAUAUUUUAAUAUUAACCAUUCCACAAAAUAAAAAGCAAAUAACUUUAGAAACUUUUUUCUUAGUAAGUAUGUUACCAAAUAGUUUCGUUGUACCUACUAUUAAAUAAAUCUACUAUAUAUACUAUACUAGAAAAAAUCUGAAGACAUUGAAAAUUCAUUUAUAUCGAAUCUUAAUUCGAUUUAAAAUCGUAUAUUGUAUUAAUUGAUUUAUUAAGUCUGAAUAUAAGAACAUUGUAAUAUAUUAUCAUUUUUAAAUUCUAUUUUCAUACCGUUUGGCAGGAAACGCGAUAAAGUUAUAAUUUUAUAGUUUGCUAAUUUAGUGAUAAGUAAUGUAUUAUUUGAUUUGCCGUAGUUGCUUGGAAAUAGUUCUUUAUAGGUACAUAAUCAUUGCAGAUUUAUAAAUAUAUUGUUACAUAAAGACUGGGUAAUUUUGUCUUGCAGUACAAAUUUGGCUCCUAACUUCAUAAUUGAAUAUUUUUUUUGUUUGUUUCUAGAUGUAUUUUUAUCUACACAUUAUUCAGUAUAUUUUUUUCUCAAUAACCAACUUUAGAUGCCACCAAAAAAGGCAUAAACAUCAAAAUUGUAUAAAAUCGUAUAAAUUGAUAUUUUUUUCAUUGAAAUCAAUAAUCAUGAAUUAUGUGCCAGAGUAACCUAGUGCGUUUGUACCUUCUAAAUGUAUCGCAUUAUAUCGCUCUCUACCAAACCAAGUAGAAUUAAUUAUAAAAUUCUAAACCUUACACUAUGGUGUAUAUUUGAAAUUUAUCCAUUAUAUUUAAUGUUAUGUACUAAUAAUUAACCAUAUCUAAUUGUAUAGCUGUAUUAUUUUAUUUGAUAUAAAUGUAUAAAUGCAAUGUAUCAUGUUGAAAAUAAUACCAUGUAUCAAGAAGUAGCAAUAUUAUUUUGUAGGUCUUGCAGGAUAUAUAAUGAGAUUAAUCAUGCAAUUUUUUUUUAAUAAAGUAAUUUAAGUCAGUAUUAUUAUACUGCAAAUA